AUGAGUAAUCAGACACUGGUGACAGAAUUCAUUCUGUGGGGCUUCUCAGAAAGGCCACAGAACAGGGUUCUUUUGUUAAUCCUCUUUCUUUCCCUAUACAUGGUGGCAAUCUGUGGCAAUUUCCUCAUUGUGGCAGUUGUCACCUUCAGUUCUAAACUCCACACACCCCUCUACUUUUUCCUGGUCAACUUAGCUAUAUUGGAUGUUGUCUGUGCAUGCACUGUGGUACCCAAACUGCUGGAGACCCUGGUGGCUAAGGAAAAAAGCAUCUCCUACAGGGCCUGCAUGACCCAGAUGUACUUCUUGACAUGGUCUGUAGCAGCAGAACUGUUGCUUUUCACAGCCAUGGCUUAUGACCGCUAUGUGGCCAUCUGCCAGCCAUUGCACUAUGGCUCCAUGAUGAGCCCCAGGGUGUGUGCAUUGCUAGCUGGAGCCACAUGGGGUAUCAGCAUGUUCGGUGCAGUGGUCAAUACCUGCCUGAUGUUACAGUUAAAGUUCUGUGGGCCCAACGUGCUCAAUCACUUUUUCUGUGAGAUCCCUCCUCUGCUGCUGGUCUCCUGUUCUUCCACAUAUGUGAAUGAUGUCAUGGCAAUUGUGGCUGAUAUAUUCUUUGCUGACGUGAACUUCUUGCUUACUGUGGUGUCCUAUGGUUUCAUCAUUGCAACCAUACUAAAGAUUCGCACAGCUGAGGGUAAGCGGCGUGCCUUCUCCACCUGCUCCUCCCAUCUUAUGGUGGUCACCAUGUACGACUCCACUGUUAUCUAUGCCUACCUGAGUCCUAACUCCAGCUACUCCCCAUUGAUUGGCAAGGUUCUGGCUGUACUGUAUUCCACUGUGAGUCCUGCCUUGAACCCUCUCAUCUACACCUUAAGGAACAAGGAUGUUAAAGUAGCCCUCAAGAAUACCUUGCUGCUCAUUGUGGAAAAGCUGUAA